UCCCCCCACUAUCCUUCCAGCACCACCUCUUCUCUUUUCUUCUUUCUCACACAUCUGUACUACUCUACCUUUGUUCCUUUCGCUUCAGCCCACAAAAUUUUCAACCCCAAUUCCCAAAUGGCUCUUGGAAAAUCAAACAAGCUCCCUCAAACCGCAGUCCUCAAGCAAAUCCUUAAGAGAUGCUCAAGCCUGGGAAAGAAUAAGCACGGGUAUGAUGAAGAAGUGCUCCCAGUGGACGUCCCAAAAGGCCAUUUUGCUGUUUAUGUUGGUGAAAACAGGACCAGAUACAUCGUCCCAAUCUCCCUCCUGAGCCAUCCUGAGUUCCAGUGCCUUCUCCGGCGAGCCGAAGAGGAGUUCGGGUUCGAUCACGACAUGGGUCUCACAAUUCCCUGUGAAGAAGUUGUUUUCCAGUCUCUAACAUCCAUGCUGAUCAGAUGAAACAGCGUGGCUGUGAUGGGUUUGUGUUAACUGGAAGAGGAAGAUGGCCAAGAUGGAGCAGAAACCAUUGCUUCUCUUUUUUUAAACAUCUUUCUUCGAUCAAUCCAUUGUCAUUUCUUCUUUGAUUAUGUUCAUUUUUUUUCCUUAAACCCUUGUGGGGUUUUUCUGUCAAAUGACUUUUGCUCUAACCCAAAACCCAAGAUCUCCAUCUGGGUUAGAUUUGUAUAAAGCUUGAGAGAUUUUCGCCACAGAGGUGCCUUGUUGGGUGCCCAGUGAGAGCAGCACUUCAUUUCAAUGAAAUUAAGCAAAAGGGUAGUCAAUUUGCUGCCUGCUUCAGUUUACA